CGCGCGGGGGCGCGGCCGGGCGGGGGUCGGCGGGCGAGAUGUGCGAGCGGGCGGCGCGCCUGUGCAGGGCCGGCGCGCACAGGCUGCUCCGGGAGCCGCCGCCGCAGGGCCGCGCGCUGGGCGGGCUGCUGCGCUGGGUGGGCGCCAGGAUGGGCGAGCCCCGAGCACCGCUCGUCCCCGACAUCCCCGCCGCGGACCCCGGCCCCGGGCCCGCCGCGCCGCGAGGGGGCACAGCAGUCAUCCUGGACAUUUUCCGACGUGCGGAUAAAAACGAUGACGGGAAGCUGUCCCUGGAGGAAUUUCAGCUCUUCUUCGCAGAUGGUGUCCUCAAUGAGAAGGAGCUUGAGGGCCUCUUCCACACCAUUGACUCAGACAACACCAACCAUGUGGACACCAAGGAACUGUGUGAUUACUUUGUGGAGCACAUGGGAGACUAUGAGGACGUUCUGGCAUCUCUGGAGACCUUGAACCACUCAGUCCUGAAGGCCAUGGGCUACACCAAGAAGGUGUAUGAAGGGGGGAGCAACGUGGACCAGUUUGUGACCCGCUUCCUUCUGAAGGAAACAGCCAAUCAGAUCCAGUCGCUGCUCAGCUCCGUGGAAAGUGCUGUGGAAGCCAUCGAAGAACAGACCAGCCAGAUCCGACAGGACCACUGCCAACCCAGCCAUGGCAUCACCGAGAGCCGAUACAGAGGACCCAGUCCUCCCUACAUGGCCAACCACAAGCUUGUGGCCCCGGAGCCGGUGAAGAGCCUGCCUGUGGCCACAGGGCAGACAAAGGAGGAGGGGCUGGAGGGCCAGAUCAGCCGGUUGGCAGAGCUGAUUGGGAGACUGGAGAGCAAGACUCUCUGGUUUGAUCUGCAGCAGCGCCUCUCGGAUGAAGAAGGCACCAACAUGCACCUGCAGCUGGUCAGGCAGGAAAUGGCCGUGUGCCCUGAGCAGCUGAGCGAGUUCCUGGACUCCCUGCGACAGUACCUCCGGGGCACCGCUGGAGAAAGAAACUGCUUCCACGUUGCCGCGGUGAGGAUGGCAGACGGCCUGACCUUUGUCAUCUAUGAGUUCUGGGAGACGGAGGAGGAGUGGAAGAGGCACCUGCAGAGCCCUGUGGGCAAGGCCUUCCGACACGUCAAGGUUGAUGCACUGAGCCAGCCUGAAGCGCUCUCCCAGAUCUCCGUGCCAGCUGCCUGGUGCACCUCAGGCCGAGACUGAUCCCUCCCAAGGCGCCCUGUUAAGGAGCCUACUGCUGCCCAACCACCCACCCCUCCCCCACCAGUCCCUUCUUGCAAAGGACACUACCCCUUUUCUAGAGACUUUGGUAAACAGCUGUCUUUUCAAUAUACUAAUAAGAGGACACAUACUUCCCCCUGCUGUGGCCCGGAGGAGGCUCCUCCCCUGGCAUCCCCACACCUGACCUGACAGAUGCUGGCAGCACAAAGUUAUUAGCAGGGAUGGCUUCCCGCCCCAGCCAGCCUCUGGCCUCCCUGACUCUUCCUAGCUGAGGCCAGUAGGGCCCACCUCAGAUAGGCAGGCGUCUUCCUUUUACCUCCCUCCUCUUCGAUGGCCCUCUACCUAGUAGGAGCUGUGAGACCCUGUAGUACCCAACCUAGGCUUGGGUAGAGCCCAGGUCCCCAGCCCAAGCUAGGACUACAGCCACCAAAUAAAGUCUGAUUAGGAACAGCA